GCCGGGCGCGUUGCUGGAUCAUGUGACGCGGUCAUGUGACCGGCGGCCGCGGAAGUGGCGGCGGCUCCUGCCGCUCUCAGCCGGUGUCCCCACGCCCAUGGCCCGGCCCGCCGCGCCGGAGCCCGCCUCAACGCCAUGGUGGAAUUACUUUUUCCUUUAUGAUGGUUCAAAGGUUAAGGAAGAAGGAGAUCCUACAAGUGCUGGGAUUUGCUACUUUUAUCCUUCUCAGACUCUCCCCGACCAGCAGGAACUGCUGUGUGGACAGAUUGCUGGAGUGGUGCACUGCCUGACCGAGAUUUCUGGAGUUCCUCCAAGUCUUAUUCGCCUGAGGAAGCUCAAGUUUGCAGUUGUAGUGGAUGGAGACUACCUGUGGGUUCUGGGCUGUGCGGUCGAGCUCCCUGAUGUCAGCUGUCGACGGUUUCUGGAGCAGCUGAUCAGCCUCUUCACCUUCUACAAUGGACCUGUGCACCGUGCGUACAUGGCAUUUUCUCAGGAGGAACUGAGUAGGCAGUGGGACAGAUAUAUUGAACACAUCCAGAAAAACACCAGUGACCUGCACAAGAUUUUCAAUUCUCUCUGGAAUCUGGACAAAACCAAGGUGGACCCUCUGCUUUUACUGAAAGCAACUCUCAUCUUGCAGACUUGCCAGCGGUCUCCCCAUGUCUUGGCAGGCUGCAUCCUCUACAAAGGCUUCAUUGUGAGCACGCAGCUGCCACCUCCUCUCACUGCCAAAGUUCUCCUCCAAGGCAAUGAGUCUCCAGGCCAGAGUGAGCCUGGAGGUGAGGAGCAGCGGGAGCCUGAUUCUCCCUUGCCGCAGGGUGUCCGUGUCAUCCCUGUAUUCCUAACAGAAGAUGAAGUCUCGGUGCUCCGAGACUUUCCAGUGGAGUGGAUGACUAGGUCAUCUGUGUCCCCAGCAAGCCCUAGAGGAGAGAAGAAUGCUCUCUACUCCCAGGUAGUUUCAGAAUCAACAGGAGUUCAGGAAAACGAAGACCUGAAUAACAUCUCUGUGCAGGAAGUCCCUCAGCAAGCUUCAAGCACAGCUGCACCAGAAGUUGCUGUGCAAUCGGAAAGCCUUGCAAACACCGAUCUUUUGAAGGGCUUCCCCGAAACAGAAGAAAAAGCAUCCUUCCCAUCAGAGAGAGACAUGAAACAGCUGCCAAGCCCAUCCACCCUCCAUGCAGCUGAAGAUGCUGAAACUACAGGUCCGUAUCUGGAAGGCCUUUGCUUUCCCAGCCCUAACACCCAGACGCAGGAGAGUCAGAGCAUGGGGAAAUGCCUUGUGGACUCUGAUGUUGAGCAACACAGUUUCCAAAGUUACGCAGCCAGUGGCAGUCCAGCUAUUUGCUCUCCUACCCAAGAGUUGAGCAGAAGGAAGGCAAGUGAACAAGGGACUCUUAGCCAAAAUAGCAUCUCUGAAGAAAGCAACGGUGCAGCUGGUGCCAUUAUGCAGGGUUUGGAUUGUCUGGCCACUGCUGUACAGUCAGAGCUCCAAAGCAAGAGUCGGCUGCCAGCUGGAGAGGUUCAGGAGAGUCUGCCCAGUCACCCAGCAGAGAACGCACACUGUCCUAGGAGCGAGGAAAGUGACUGGCUGCCUCAGGAGGACAGUCUGGGAGCCCGGGAAUCAGGCAAACAAUGCAAACCAGUUAAGAUGUGCUUGUACGUUCACUGCAUUAAGGGGCUUGUGCUGUCCCUGCUGGCUGAAGAUCCCCUCCGAGAGAACCAGAGCUCCAUUGAAGAUGUGUACCACAGCAGUCUGGCUUCUCUGAAUGGCCUCGAGGUUCAUCUGAGGGAGACGCUGCCCAAAGACUCUUCUUCUUCAGUCAAGACAACUUACAGCUUCACUCACUAUGACUGCGUUCAGAACGUACUCACAGCCAACCUACCCCCCACCCUUGGCCCCCUGGAUCGGCAGUUCCUGAGAGCCGCUACGCUAAUCCACUCUGACUUCAGCCACCUUCCAACUGCUUCAGAAAUCUUAAUCAGGAAUGCCUCCACAGCUGUGUAUGCCUGUCGGAACCCCAUCCAGGAAACCUACUUCCAGCAGCUGGGUGCUCCACUCCGCAACUCAGGUGUUCCCAACCCUCAUGACAGUGCGUUCAGCUUGCCAAGCAAGGCCAAGCAAAAGCUGCUGAAGCAUGGAGUGAACCUGCUUUGAACAGAUGCAGGGAGGCAACGUCCAUGCUGAGAGUGAGUUCCUCUCCAUAAGUGACUUCUCAAAGCCAUUUAUUCCAUCAGAGGCACAAGGCUCUGUGCUAAGCCUAUGGGCUCUCCAGCCUGCCUUGCCCUGAGAACAGGGCUCUCUUACUGCCCUGUUCCUGCAGCACAUUUUGUUGUUAGCACUUACCAAAGACUGAAGAGAGAAAAUAGCUGUGUUGGGAUGCUUGGUUUACAUUGUCUGUGGAACUAUUCGUGGUGCUCUGCCACCACAGGCAGAGUCUCCUUGAGUGCCUUAACGUAAAGUAAAACAUAUUCUUGCUCUAAGCUACACAGCCACCAGGCUGCUGGGCAGUACUGGCAUUCAGAGAUAUUAGUCAGACACUGCAUCUGCCUGGAGUUCUGUGCCUACGCUUGCCCUGGUCAGACUUGGGCUUUAUUUAUACCUCUUAAUCUAUACAAACGAUCCCCUGCCACGACAUAAUGCUUUACCUUGAUUAACAGAGCUUGCAUGUUCUCAGACUAACUGGAAUAGAACAAGUGCUGCAAAACUCAUAAUCCUCCUCCAGGAGUUGUCAGGAGGGUUUUGUACUGGAUCUGCGAGAUCCUUGUCCCUUCAUGCGUGCCUGAUGGGGGAUUGUGCAGCAUGGCGCUGCCUUCCCUGGUGCCCACCAACGCCACUGUAACCUGCAGCCUCUCACACGGGCUGUGGAGGUGGUGGCAUGGAUGCACUGCACCUCCUGCCAGCUCCUAAGCUUCUGCUUCCUCCCUUCCCUCUUGUUUCAGGACCUUGUUUUGCCUUCUUGAUCUAACUGCUCAAUUUGUUUUCGCUGCAUUGAUGGAAAGGGCAAGUGGGAGCCCCUUAAGCUAAUGGGACCAAAGAGGCUUUGUAGCCCCUGGGCAGCUCUUCCCUUUCUGCUAGAACAGAUGACGUGUCCCCUCUCAGCACUGGCUGGGGGCUGAGCAGUGAUGACAGCUUAGACCUGAGUGAGGGACACCUGUGUCCGACUGUGCUGUAGGUUUCAAAGCCUGCUGCUGUUAUACACACAUCACUGUGACAAUAAAAGAGUCUCCAAGGCUCAUCCAAAU